UGGAGUUUUUGUUGAUUUCGAUCUGUUAGGUUAUGUGAUUCUUCAACUUGGGUUCUGUUUGUUUAUUCUCUUCGAGUUGUUGUGGGCACAAAAUCUUCUGUCGCCGUCCGAAAGUGGCUGAUUUUGUUCAUUGAAUGAGCAAUCAAAUCCCAGCAUGGGCCCAGCUAUUGUCCCUUGAUAUAAUCACUAAGCCCAUCUUCGAGUUCCGUUUUGGUCCUUCCGAGGUGAACAAAAAAAUGGCGACUGUGCGAAUCUCUUCCCCGAGCAUGCCCAAAGCGGUUCUCAGAAACCAACCCGUCAAGCUCAUCACUAACACGAGCCACAUCGUCUCCCUUGGAUCAACCAAGAAAGUCUCCAGAUCCUUCGGCUUGAAAUCCUCGGCAGGUUCUGGUCCAACAAUGUCAGCCACCUACAAGGUCAAGCUGAUUGGACCUGAGGGGCAGGAAAACGAGAUUGAAGUCCCCGAGGAUCAGUACAUACUGGAUGCAGCAGAGGAGGCAGGAGUCGAGCUGCCCUACUCUUGCAGGGCUGGCGCAUGUUCCACCUGUGCCGGGAAGCUAGCGUCAGGCACUGUCGACCAAUCUGACGGCUCGUUCCUUGACGACAAUCUCAUUGAACAAGGUUAUGUCCUGACCUGUGUGGCUUAUCCCCAAUCCGACUGUGUGAUCCACACCCACAAGGAAACCGAACUCUUCUGAGUUCGUCUCAUCAUGGGUUAGAUAUCCGGGGUUUUUUAUUUGAGAUCGUUGAUUAUCGCUGUUCUUGAACAAAAAAAAACUUGUUUGGUGUUUUUAGGGUGAUGUUUGUGGUUGUCUCUGUUCUGUACUGCAGCUGUCUCAGGCGUUUUCUUACCAGAAUGUCCGUUCAGGAACUGGUCACGAAAAGUGGGCCGGUCUGGGGCCGGUUCAUGUUAAACCGGGCAUUUUGAUUAA